UAUUUUCUUCAUGUUUUGUUCAUAUUUUGUAUACGUUUCAAUCAUGUGUUUUUGUUACUAUAUUUGAUUCAUGUAAAAUCAGGUACACACAAUAUAGCAACAAAUGGGUCCGGCCACCAAAACGAAAUCAAUAGAAUGCCAGCCGUUCAAUCUGGUUAACCGGCCAGCCAACACGUGGUGUUACGUGGCUAACACCACGUGAUCGUGUCCCAAGAAUGCAGCAAGAGACGCCGUAUUUAAUUAGGCGCGGGCAAACCACCCACGGGCUCAACAAUGAUUACUAGGAUUGUUACAUUUUCCUCAUAGGGGCGUGUUUCGUGUUUCACUUGUUCAACUUAAUGUUUCGUUUUCACAACUAAAAUAUUGUAUGUUCACUUGUUCGCAUGAUCAAAUAAACCACUUAACAAAUAAAAAUUGUUCAUUUGCAAUUACAGACGAGAGAAAAAUAUGGGCAGUUUCCAUAGGCAGUUUAAUAUUAUACCAAAGUACAAAUUCAAACAAAGAAUCGAAGGAUUUAUUUGAAAAACUACAGUCGUUAAAAAGUGCCUAAAGAAGUUAAACUGGGUUUAAAUAAUCGGUUCAUUCGUGGGCAAGGUUUAGACCUUUAAGUACAAGAAUGGCUGAAGAUUCAGAUGAAAAAUUGGACAUAAAGCAAACACCUAAAAGGAGACUAUCAGGAUUAUUCAGCUUAAAAAAGGAAGAUGAAAAUGUGAGCGUCGUUCCAAAGAGCGACAGCGAAGACGAAGGAGUUGGAAACGAGGUAGAGCCAACAAAGGAAGGAAACGAUGUUUCGAUUCCCACCUUUACUCCUACUAAUACAAGAGUUGAUAGAUCCGCUCUGUCAGAGAAACCGGAAGAUUUUCAAAUUCGUUUAAAAGUAAUAUGCGGUCGCCAACUCGCUGGUUCCAACAUAAAACCUGUGGUCACUGUCAAAGCAGGCAAAACACAAACCAAAAUCACCAGGAUUCGGAAAGGAUCGGCACCAAUAUGGAACGAGAUGUUCCUGUUCACUUUCAAAGAGUCAUUGAAGGAGCUGUGCGAUUAUAUAUUUGAGUUCACUGUAAAUAACUCGAGAAAUAUGAGAUCGGAUGGGUUGAUUGGAACAUUUAAAUUGGACGUGGGAAGUAUAUACAAUCAACCAGAACACGCUUAUGUGAAAAAAUGGCUACUGCUGACAGAUCCAGAUGAUAAUUCUAACUCUACGCAAGGAUAUUUGAAAAUCACGAUCUGUGUUCUUGGUGCAGGAGAUCAGCCACCAGAUGAAACCGAAGACAUUGCUGAGGAGGAUGACGUGGAUGGCAAUUUAUUGACCCCAGCUGGUGCAUCAAUGCGUUCUGCUUAUUUUACUCUUCGUGUUUAUGGAGCAGAAGACUUGCCACAGAUGGACUUAGCUUUUUUUGAAAAUAUUAAGCAGAAGUUGGGUCUUACCAACGAUGAAAACAUUGCAAAGAGUUUGGUGGAUCCUUACUUGAAGUUUAAGUUUGCGGGCAAGAAGGUUAAGACAAAAGUACUUUUGAAAACAAACCAUCCCGAGUGGAAUGAGGAACUCAGUCUUUCACUCAAGUUCCCCUCAAUGUGCGACACAGUUCAACUCAUCUUAAUUGACUGGGACCGAAUAGGAGCGGAUGAUAUUAUUGGAACAGUGACCAUUCCUUUGUCUCGUAUUUCUUCUACAGGAGAUGGGAAAAGUGGAGGUUUUCUCCCAACCUUCGGCCCAUCUUACAUCAACUUCUAUGGUUCGCCAAGAGAGUUUUCUGAAACAGGAGAUGUCUUAGAGGAUUUAAACAAAGGAAAAGGAGAUGGUUGUGCAUACAGAGGAAGAGCGAUGGUUGAGUUGGUAACGACAAUGGAUGAGGAAGGUGUUGAACCUCCACCCCCCACACAACCAAUAGCAGAUGAACAGGUUGCUGUUAUGCAGAAACAUUUGCGUCGAAGAAGGUACCGACUGGUUGUAGGUUUUGAAAGUGCAAGUCUGAUGCGGAAACCUCUGGAAAAGAUAGAGUUUGAAGUCUCAAUGGGAAACAACGGGAAUAAAUUUGAUACAGAAAUCUUUGCCCCUUUCUCCGUAACUCAUCACGGCAACUCUGUAUUUGAUGGCGUGCAUUACCACUAUAUGCCAUGGGCCUCGGAGAAGCCGAUUACAAUUGUGACAUCACAUUGGGAAGACAUUAGCUCACGGCUCUAUGCAAUGAACUUUAUACUUAAGAUAUGUGACCAAGUGAGAGAUAAAAUGAACCAGCUUAAAGUGAAUGUUGAAAACAAAUCUGACCCCAUUGAUAUUGCAGCUGAAAUAGUUUCAAUUCUGGAUAUUUUAAUCUUGGAAACAUCCAAGAAGCUGCCAAAUCCACAUGGAAAAUCUUCCAAUCAACUGGAUCGUAAAAUCUACCAUCAAAGGAAGGGCACACUGCUCACAAUCUGCCAAGAAGCCAAGGAACUUCGCCAAAAUUGUACAGAAGCUAACGAAGCUAUUGAAGCAAUAAGUAAUUUCUUGGAAAUCCUUGAGCAGAUUUCUUAUGAGCCACAAAACAGUCUUCCAGAUGUAGUUAUAUGGAUGAUAUCUGAUGACAAGAGAGUUGCCUACGCAAGAAUACCUGCAUAUGAUGUAUUGUAUUCACCCGAUAAACAGGAGUUCUGUGGAAGGUUUUGUUCGGAGCCACAAACAGUCACUUUGAAGUAUCCCACAACAAAUGUCAGAAGUAAGAAGCAAUACAAAGUACCAGCACAAGUACGGCUGAUCGCUUGGUUGGGAAGGGCAGUGGAUCAGGAUCAUUUUAAAUUCAACUCUAACGGACAGAUAUCAGUGUUUGCCGAGACAUUUGAAGCAGAAGUGAAAAUACCAUUAGUCGGCUGGAGCUCGAAGGGAUACACAGAUAUAUCAGGAGAGUUACCACUUCCAAAAGAUGCAUUUAGCUGCCCAACGGAUUGGAAAUGGGAGGAAGAUUGGAAAAUAGAUUCCAUUCAUCUACAAGGACAUGACGUAACCCAAGGCCACAAGAGUGUGCUAGAGGAUGCAUAUGAGUAUGAGAAGAGAAGCUCUGAUAUGACCUGGGCCAUGGAUAAGUUGACAAGCGGUAGACAUGGAGAUGUUGCUAAGUUGUCUGACCUCAAGAUUCCUAAAGGUUGGGAAUGGGACAAUGAAUGGAAAGUGGACACGAACAGGGCGUGUGAUGAAGAUGGAUGGGAGUAUCGUAUAGAAGAAACAAUCGUGAAUUCUGCUUGGUCUACAAUGGAGAAGACAUACCAUACAUCAAGAAGAAGAAGGUUGAUAAGACAUAGAGUCUGUGUGGAUGAGAAGAUGUUUAAAAAGGCUGAGAAAGAAGAACUUCGCUUAGCAGAAGGUUGGGAGUACGCUACAACAAUGGGGGGCCAGUUUCAUAACAUUCCAAGGAUGUUGGACCUGGUUAGAAGAAGAAGAUGGGUUCGUAGAAUGGUAACAACGGGCACAAAACAAUCAGCUGCAAUAUUUAACCUUGAUGCUUCAAUUGUGAAAAUAGAUGAUUCAAAAACGAAAACAGACUCGGAAAGUGAAUCUGUUACGGAUUCUGUCAAGACGGAAACCACUGAUGUUGAAACAAAGGAUGAAAUAGAUGACAUGGAGCAAUUGAAAGAGGUCCCCGAAGAUACAAAUUUAGAUUCGAAAACUUCUCGAGCAGAAGUUGUUUCAAUAUUAGAAGCUGAUGAUAAACCUGGACAACUACCUGAGAAGGAAAAAGUUCAACAAAAAAAAUUGAAAAAGAAAAAGAUAAAAAAAAAGAAAUCUGGGUUAUCUGAUAUUUUUGGAGUGUCAAGUCUGGCCACAGAUACAUUGAAACCUAAAAGCUCGUCCAAAAUUCCUCCCAAAAUAUACAUGGUGUAUGAGAAGGUUCAUCAUUUACAUUUAAGAGCAUACAUCUACCAAGGAAGAGACCUACAACCUAUGGACCAAGACAGCUUUUCAGAUUCAAAGGUGAUUGUAUCAUUCCUGAGUCAAACACUAAAAACAGAAGUUUACAAACACAGUCUGAAUCCAACAUGGGACCAGACCUUGAUGAUGGACAUGAAAUAUUAUGGAGACUUUGAACACUGGAACAGGAAUUGUCCUAACAUCUCGAUCGAGCUAUACGAUCAAGAUUAUAUGGGUUCCCUGGUGUUUAUGGGCCGAACAAUCGCCAAACCUGUGUUAAAGUUUCAUCCAGAAGAAAAGAAAACAACAAAGUUAGAAUGGUUUAACCUAAAGAAGAACAAUCAGAAUGUGGGAAGUCUGCUUAGUGCAUUUGAAGUAAUUCUAAAACAAGAUGACAGGGAAAUGCCAUUGCCACCACCUCUCAAACCAAACACCGACAUUCCAAUGGUUCCAUGUGGUAUUCGACCCGUGCUACAACGAACUGCAGUUGAAAUAUUAGUGUGGGGAGUUCGGGAAAUGAAGUCAUUCAAGUUGUUGGCAGUGGAUAACCCAAGUGUGAUGAUUCAAAUUGGAGAAGUAGAACUGCGGACAAAAGUUAUGAAGAACUUUAAACAUAAUCCAAACUUUGAAGAGCCAGUGUAUUACAUUGAAGCAAACCUUCCAGUUGAAGAUCUCUAUUUCCCUCCCAUUGUAAUAAGGGUGAAGGAUCAUCGUAAAUUUGGAAGCAGACCAACUGUUGGUCAACAUAUUAUUACAGAUAAUAUUAAGUAUAGAUUGGAACCAACACAAAAAGAAUCGGGGAAUGAUGAAGGAUACGAUGAAAUGGAAAACUUAUCACAUGAUGUCGCAAUAGAAGUAGAACAUCCAUCCAACAAUUUACAACUGGGUUUCCUCUCAAAGUUACCGAGCUUCAGCUCAGAGAAAAAAAUUCGUGAUGAGGAAAUAGAUUGGUGGUCCCGGUUUUAUGCUUCUUCUGGUGAUACUGGGCUAUGUGGAAACUAUCUGGAGACUGGUUUAGAUUUGAUCAAGAUAUACAAGGAUGAACUGGAGAAGCAGGAAGACUUUAAUUACUUCAGUGAUUUUGUCCAAAAGUUCAGAUUAUUCCGGGGGAAAGUUGAUGAAGACGAAGAGAGGGAGUUUGCUGGCGAGUUCAAGGGAUCGUUCCGAAUCUACAAAGUGCCCGAAGAUUUGCGAGAAGAAAGACCGCCAAGAUGUUUCACCAAUGUCCCUCCAUCACAUGCAGUGGAAGUCAGGGUGAGAAUUUACGUUGUUCGUGCAAUGGAUUUGGCUCCGAAAGAUUCAAACGGUCUGGCAGAUCCAUAUAUCAAAAUCAAAGUGAACAAGAAAAGAAUUGUAGACAGAGAAAACUAUGUUCCAAACACCCUUUACCCAACAUUUGGAAGGAUGUUUGAACUUGACUUGAAACUGCCAAUGGAAAAAGAUCUUCACGUUGAAGUGUUUGAUUGGGAUCUUAUUGGAAGUGAUGAGAAAAUUGGGGAGACCGUUAUAGAUCUUGAGGAUCGAUAUCUCAGCAAGUACAAGGCGUGGUGUGGUCUUCCCCAGACUUAUUGCAACUCAGGGCAUUGCCAAUGGAGAGACCAAAUGAAACCAAAAGAGUGGCUUGAGCAAAAGUGUAGAGAACAAUGUUGGGAUGAUCCAGUGUGGAACGGCAACACCUGUGUAAUGGUGGCAGGGAAGACUUAUAAACUGGAGGAUUAUGAAAGAGGAAAAAAACCAUGCGAAAACUGGGGUCCAGCAGAUGAACGACUUGCCUUGUAUGUUCUUAGAAGUUUUCCUCAUGUUUCAGAACAUGUAGAAACAAGACCACUGUUUUAUGAUGGUUUGCCCAACAUUGAACAGGGGCGUUUGCAAAUGUGGGUUGACAUGUUUCCCAAAGAAUUCGGCGAUCCUGGACUGCCGUACAACAUUGAACCAAGAAAACCUUCAAAGUACUUUUUAAGAAUGAUUGUGUGGAAUUGUACCGACAUCCCGAUGAUGGAUGUUUCAAUAUUGGGAGACAAGAUGACAGAUAUUUACCUGAAAGGAUGGCUCAGUGGGCUAGAGGGGAAACAACAGAAAACAGACGUUCAUUACAGGUCCCUGGAUGGCAGUGGUAACUUUAACUGGCGGUUUGUCUUUCCAUUUGAUUACCUACCUCAGGAGAGAAUGGUUCAUGUUUCAAAGAAGCGACAUCUAUGGAGUUUGGAUAAGACAGUCACUAAGUUUCCACCUGUUUUGAACAUCCAAGUGUGGGACAAUGAUUUGUUUGGACCAAACGAAUACAUAAGUGAAAUUGUUCUUCCACUGACACAUGCUCCAAAGUGCUGUAAGUUUAACAAAACAUGUACGUUGGAGAAUGUUCCAGAUGAACAAGGGAAUUGCAGAAUGGACAUGGUGAACCUGUUUGAACAGAAUUCACAAAUAAAGGGCUGGUGGCCACUUUACAGAAUGGUGGAUGGUGUCAAAGAACAAGCAGGUAAGCUAGAAAUGUCCGUGGAGAUUUUAACAUCAGAAGAAGAAGAAGAAAAGCCAUCCGGACAAGGAAGAGACGAACCUAAUAUGCAUCCAAAGUUAGAAAAGCCAAAUCGGCCGGCCACCAGUUUUGCAUGGUUCUCAUCUCCAUUCAAAAGCUUGUAUUAUAUAAUAUGGCGGAAAUACAAAUGGUUUAUUAUUGGGGGACUUGUUGCCCUGCUGUUUGCUGCAUUUUUGGUCAUGUUUUUGUACUCAUUCCCGAAUCAACUGACAAAGAAACUUACAAAAACACGCUAGGAGAUUAUGAAAAUAAUUCAUCAGAGAAUCUAUGUGAUGAUGUGUACAAGUGAUGACUUGAAGUUAAAGAGACAAAAUAUCAAUCCCUCUCUUGUGUUUCUGUGGAAAUAUUCCAUCGAUUUUGAAAAUAUCAAAAUAUUGCCCAAUAAUUAUUAUUGUUUUAUUACAAAGUGUUUAGCAUUGCUGG